UGGUUCCUGAUUCUCUGGAUCUCAUCGAUAACCGAAUAUCGUAUGCCGUAGAUUAGAAUAUGGGACUUGGGCAAUCAGGAAAAUGGCUCCGUCCCAGACGCUGCCAGACCACCAUGUCCAGGAUCCACUGAAAUUUUCUCCACGAGGCGUAUCGCGGCUCGACGAGGAGGAUGAAGAGUGGGAGAAUACCCUCAGGCCCGCCGUCUUCGACCCGACCGUCUCGAGAUCUGUUGCCCAUUCCCGCGAGUCGUCGAUCGAGAAGUUGCAGGGCAUAGACCCGGGCGGAAGUCCCUCCGUUGCCCAGCCCGCCUCCUCUGUGCACUCCCGCAUCCCAACGGCGACCGCAAGGCCGCCUAUUGGAGGAGUCAUUGAAAGGGUCGUGGACCCCAAGGCCGCGGCGUACGGCCAUCACCGACAGACGUCUAUCGUUCACGGCAUAGGAAUCCAACAUUCGAGGAAUGGAAGCCUUGCGAGCUCAUCCUCGAGCCCACUCAGCCCUCAGAUGAUUGCUGCGGCUGGCGCAGGUCUUGCGCCCGACAGGCCCGAUAUACUUGCUUUCUCACGCAUGGAAGGAGACGGCGCGCUUGGAUCUCGGCCACCUACUGCCCUCUCCGGCACCACUGCGGCAUCCGGGCCCCACGUCCCUGAGAGGUCCUCGUCGGCAACAGCCACUGACAGCAAUGGCUCCAUGAUAAUGCAGAAGAAACUGGAGCACAUGCACAGCGGGAAGUUGAGACGCGACCAUGCGCAUCACCAUUCCCAUUCCUCUCGACAUCACAAGGACGACCAGAAGACGGUGUGGGAAUACGCCCUCCAUGUGCUAUUCACUUCCUUCAUUGCGCAAGCAGAGGAGAAGCUCAAUGACUGCGUGGCGGCUCCAUUUGAACCCGAACCGCAGAUCGACCAGAUCUGCGGGCCUGGAGUUGAUCCCGCCUUCGAUCAGCUCAUCGUUGCACUGGGCCACAUCGCGAAGCAGAAGCCCAAGCCGCUGAUCGACUCGAUGAUGCUCUGGAGAAAGAGCAAGAGUGACGCCGCGAGCGAGGCGCGGAGCCAGCUCCAGCAGUCGAGGACCAAUCUCCCCGGCGGCCCCCUCCAGAGAAGAAAUACCGAACCCGUCCAGGCGGUUGGGGCAGGUGUUCCGGCCGAGGCCGGGUCCCAGAAUGGCCAGACCUCGCUCGCUUCGAAGCAGGAAUAUGUCGCGCAGGCGGAACGCCGCUCCACCGUCUCGAUAUAUAUACUGUGCCGGGUUCUGCUGGAGGUGAUCAGCCAGAGUACUCUGUCUUCGAUAACGCCGGAGAUGGAGGAUAAACUGGAGGGGAUCAUCUUCGGACAGCUAAAGAUUGCGGAGACCGACCAGCUGCUGAUCUCUCCGUUGAAGCUCGCCAACUGGAACCUGUUCGCCCAGCUUCUCGGUGUGAUGAGCGAGAUAAACUUCUCCAGCGUGGCUGAACGGUUCAUUAUGGACCUGGAUAGGUCGCUGCAAGACCUGACCGUGAAGAGCCCGACCUAUGCAUCUCGGGAUACGGAGGGGAAGAUGGAGCUGGUCUUGGGCGGCAUGAAGCACCUCCGCGUCAAGACAUCCCCUGAUGCGUCCUGGGACCACUCUUGCGACUUCAUGGCGUCGCUCGGCAAGCUCUUCAGCCGAUCACACGGCCAAAAGGUCAAAUCGGCAUUCUGCCAAGUCUUGGAGAUGCUUCUGCUUCCCAUUGCUGCUAGUGCCAACAACAGCCAUUUCUCGCAUCCGAAGUGGAGCGAAGUUCUGGGGACCAUCGGCCCCCGCCUGGCGCAGAUGUUUGUCAAGCCUCGUCACUGGUCCUACACGUUCCCGUUGACGUCAACGAUGCUCUGCGUCUCGCCUCCCGAGACGUUUGCCUCGCAGUGGCUGCAGUUGAUCUACCCCCUCCAACCGAGGCUCAAGGACCGAUAUACCAGGCCCCUUUGCCUGCAAGUCAUUUCGAGGCUUCUUUGGACAUACAUCUACCGCACAAAUGAUACAAUGACCGGAGUCGUGCGAAAGCUGGACGAGGUGAUGAAGUACGUCAUCCCCAGCGCGAAACGUACUUUCAGUGCCACGGACACGGCUGUCACCGACCCCAUCAUCCAGAUCGUCAGGAUCGUUGGUUUCAAGCAUCCCGAGUACUGCUUCAGAUCGAUCAUCUUCCCAUUAGUCAACGCCGACCAGUUCGGCUCCAACAGGGAACUGAAGAUCGAACACCUGGACCCCGACAGGAUGGUCGUGGGUAUCCGAGCAUUCUUGGCUGUCAUGUCUGAUCUGGAAAAGGGCGACCAAGGCAGGCCGCCCUUUCCCCAGUUCUAUGCACCUUCUACAUCCCCAGAUAGGGUUCCCACGUCUCCCGCCAUUAGCUCGCCACGCAAUCCCGCACUGGCAAAUCCCGCGGUUGUCUCCACCGAAGGAGGGCAGCUUUCCCGACCUGUCCUCGUCUCGGCUCUGACGGACGCUGUGCGAGAAUACUACACAAGAUUCUGCGAGAUUCUUGGCAAGAUCACCAUUAUAUGCGAUAAUACCUUUGGUGGCCAAGCGGCCCUGGACGAGAAGUUCAACAGCCCCGGCCCUAAGACGCCAAUCACCGAGACCUUCAACUUUUCCAGGCGAGAUGACCACUCCAGCCCGUACGACCAGAAGCAAGCCUUCUACGAGCUGCUCCAUGUCGCCGUGCAAGCCUUACCACGCUGCCUGUCCUUGGAUGUACCCUUCAAUACGCUGAUCAACCUUCUCUGCACCGGGACAGCCCACGUCCAGUAUAACAUAGCCGAGUCCUCGGCACAGUCACUAAAAGCCAUUGCACGCCAGUCUCACGCACAGCAGGUCACCAUGGGUUUUGCGCGCUUCAUCUUCAACUUCGACGACAGGUACUCCACCAUGUCUGACGGGGGCAUGCUCGGGCCUGGGCACAUAGAAAACACAUUGAGGCUCUAUGUCGAGCUUCUGCACAUAUGGAUCGAGGAGAUCAGACAAAAAACGAAAGACGCGGCGACGGAGCCAGGCGAAGGAAGCGCGGCGGAUAAGCGCGGCAUCAAGCUCGACUUGUCGAGCAUCUGGGCAGAGGUGGACCAGGUCGAAGCCCACGGGCUGUUCUUUCUCUGCUCCCAGUCUCGAAGAGUACGGUACUAUGCGAUUACCGUGUUGCGACUUAUCACCGAGUUCGACGCGGUCCUCAGCAAGUCGAGCGGGCGGGCAAAGGACGCAACGAGGCUCAUUGACGUGCUCGAAAACGACUCGAUGCAGGCAAUGAACUUCAGGGACGAGCAUCUAUCCUUGGCCGAACGCAGCAGGCUGCAGAGAGGCAUGCAGAACAGCAAUAACCAAGGGGCCUUGGUCGAGCUCUGCACCAGUGAUGUCUCGUACGAUACGACUCUCUGGUUCAAGAUCUUCCCCAACUUUGUCCGGAUCGCCUUCGACAAAUGUCCCUUCACAUUAACCAUUGGCCGCGACCUGAUUUGCAACAGAAUCCUCCAGAUGUACAAGGCGAUCACCAUCAUCUCCGAGCCGACACGAGGCCUGUACUAUGGGUCCGAUCCUGGAAGCGCCCGCCUGGCAGGUAGAACGCCGACGACGCAGCCCGAGGUUCUUGUUGAGCAGUGGAAGCUGUACCUUGUGUUUGCCUGCACGACGUUGGCUGAUCCUGGUAGCCUACAGGCCAAUGGCGCAAAGGAUGGCCAGCAUCUACGCAAGGGUUCAAAGUCGGCUUCCUCCACCGACAAGAUCGUGUCGGCCCGGACACUCUUCAAAUACCUAAACCCACUUCUUUCCGUCUCUUCCGCAUCGGUCAGGGAUGCCGUCGUGGUCGCCAUGGGCUCCAUUAAUAUCCACAUCUACCGCACCCUUCUUGAAGAGCUGCAAGGGCACGUCUCCCGCUGCAACGACGAGGCCAGGGCGCGGAUUCACCAGAGGACUAACAGCAGCCCUCGGCGGAACCGCAAGAUGGACUUGCUGCGAACCGAGAUCACGCACGUGUACAAACUGACGUGCCAUUUCCUGAAGGAGCCCGAAGUAUACCAGGAUGAUUGGAUCCUCGGGAACCUUGUCUCGUACGCGAAGGACCUCAAACUCUUCCUCAUGGACGGCGAAGUGCAGAUGGACUGGGAAUUCCAGAAACUCAGGCGCCACUACUGUGGCCUGAUGGAAGAGCUGUUCGAAGGCAUCAAUCGGACCGAAGAUCCCUCGCGUUGGAUGACGUUUGAGUCGCGAAAGUCUUCGUUUGCAUUGAUGGAAGACUGGUGCGGAUACUCGCCGAACCAGGGGCAAAUCCGGGCGAGGGAGGACAGUAUGAGACAGUCGGUGAUCGACCAACAGACCUUUGGAGAACGCGGGACCCUGACCGCUGCCAUGGAGAUCGAGAAGAGAAACCUCCGGACGGCAGCCCUGAGUGCCAUGGCGGCCCUUUGUGGCGGCCCUAUCAGCGUCACGACCGAGAGCGGCGUCGCUCUCCAGUUUGAUGUGCGUAGGAUGCUGACCUGGAUCGAGGCCAUCUUCAAUUCCGGAAGCGACCGCGUAAACGUCAUCGGAAGGAGAGCCCUCAGGAAUAUGAUCGUCCACAACCGGGAGUACCCGUAUCUUUUGGAUCAUUGCAUCGCGAGAUGCUAUGUAGCCGACGUGCCGAAGGUCCUCGAAAGCUACUUCACCGUGGUCACCGAGGUCUUGCUUGAACACACCGACUAUCCAUCCCCGUUCUGGAAGCUCCUUGGGCUUUGUCUUUUCACUCUGGGAAAUGACCAGAGCGAGAUCCGGUCCAAAUCGGCCCAUAUGCUGAGGGCGCUUGAGGAGCGACAGCAGCAGGGGCGCAUAUCCAAAAUCCAGGACUUCGACAUCAGCAUAUCGGACAAGACAAAGGCCGUCUAUAAGCUGGCCCAGUUCGAGAUCUCUAAGCGGCUCGCAAAGCAGCACAGCGAUCUCGCAUUCCAUAUCUUCUCCGAGUUCACUCUGUGCUUCAAGGACCUCGAGGAUGCCGCGCAGAGGAACGUUGUUGCCGUGAUCCUUCCCUGGAUCCAGUCGAUAGAGCUGAAAGUCGAUCCCAACGGCGGGCCAACUGCUCAGUCGUAUGUCCUCCUGGCAAACCUGCUCGAGAUCACCAUCAAAUCCAGCUCGGCCCUGCACAACGAAGUACAAGCGCUCUGGCAAGCUCUAGCAACGGGUCCUCAUCCCGGCAACGUGCGCCUUGUCCUGGAUUUCAUCAUGUCUCUCUGCCUGGAGAGGAGGGAACAAAACUUUGUUGAAUAUGCGAAGCAGAUUGUUGUCUUCCUUGCAAGCACCAAUAGCACCCCUGGGAACAAGGUUGUCGAGUUCCUGCUCCUGCAGAUCACCCCUAAGGCCAUGGUCCCCAACGAGAAGCGGGAAGCGGUGCCGCCCCCUCCAGAUGUCGCCUCGUUCCCUUAUUGCGCAGACUUGUCGGACGUGCUUCCCGUGGGCACGAAACAAGCAGGAUUCUCCCUGGGCCAACUCUGUCUUGUCUUGCUGGUCGAUCUUAUGGUUGCGCCAGUGAGUCUCGUUCCGGACAACGUGCCUGUCCUACUCCAAGUGGUGACCAUCCUGUGGGAUCACUACACAACCCUUGUCCAAGAGCAAGCUCGCGAAAUGCUCGUCCACUUGAUCCACGAGCUUGUCAUAUCACAACUGGACGACGACACGCCGACUGCUAUCAAGACAGCAAUCGAGGAUCUCAUCGACUCGAUACGACGACACGAUCGCUCUGUCGUCUGGGGAUACGAAGAUAACAAUGGCAAGGUGGACGAACCAGAUAACAAAGUGCCCCCCAGCAUGGAACAUCUCGCUGGAGAGGUGGUCAGGACCUUCGAAGUCGCGUUUCCCGGUAUCAAGGAACAGUGGGCCCGGCUGUCGUUGACCUGGGCAACCUCUUGUCCGGUCAGACACCUCGCGUGUCGCUCGUUCCAGAUGUUCAGAUGCAUCCUGACGUCCCUUGACCAGUACAUGCUUGGGGACAUGCUCGUCAGACUCUCAAACACCAUUGCCGACGAGGAUGCCGAGAUUCAGACCUUCUCCAUGGAGAUUCUGACAACGUUGAAGACGCUGAUCUCGAAGCUCGAUGCCGAGAAGCUUGUGACAUUCCCACAGCUGUUUUGGACUACGUGUGCCUGUCUGGAGUCUAUAAACGAGCGGGAAUUCCAAGAAGCCGUUGAGAUGCUGCAAGAGUUCUUGAGCAAACUAGACUUCCGCUCUCCGAUUGUCCGGAAGCUGCUCUUCGACGGCAAGCCUUCCAAGUGGGACGGUCCCUUUGAUGGCUUACAACCACUGUUGUACAAGGGACUCAGGUCCUCGACGUGCCUUGGACCAACACUGAGCACCAUGAACAAGCUCGUACGGCUUCCCAACGACAGCCUUACCGGUGACGACAGCCGGAUAUUCUACACCGUCUUGGCCAAUUUUCCUCGCUUCCUUCACGCAAUGGAUGGUGAGGUUUUGGGAGCCGAAGUUGUCCAGACUGCCGAUAACCUCCUGGCUGUCGCGGACGCCCAGGGGUACACCAGCAUUGCCUCGGUGCUGGAUGCCUACAUUGGCUUGAAAUAUCAAUCUGGCGACGAAUUCAUCUCCCAAUUGUUCGGCGCGCUGAGGGAAUACUUCCUUCCACAGUUGGACUUCCAGAUGAUCACAAUGCUCAUGGGGUUUCUCACCAACAACACGGCCUGGGUCAAGGUCAAGACGAUGCGCAUCCUCUGCGUCAUCAUACCCGAGGUGGACAUGAAGAAGCCCGAGAUAGCCGGCCAUGGCUCCGACCUCAUCUCGCCCCUUCUCCGGCUGCUGCAAACCGAGUUCUGCAUGGAAGCACUGGAGGUACUGGACAAUAUCAUGGCCAUGUCGGGGUCCUCGAUGGACAAGCACCACCUCCGCAUGAGCAUGACUCGGUUCACCUCCAAAGCAAUACGGAAGGAGUAUGAACGGACGCAAAGCUUAUUCGGAAUCCCCGAGCAAUCCGGCUGGGCGAUACCCGUACCGGCCAAAAAGACCGAGUCGACGAGGGCUAACAUUCAUGCUGCCUUCUACAUGUGUCAGGGAGGCGAGGGCGUCGUCAACGAGGCGACCCCUUCGCAGGAAGUCGAGUUCCAUGCCGACGGGUUCCCCUACGGUUACUUCCCAGCUCCAGAGAGGGCGGACACGAUGAUGUCCGACGACAUGCGAGGAGGUGAAGGGCAUAUGGGCGGCGACCUUGUUUCCAUGCUGGACAGCCUUGACGACUUCUUCGACGACCUUCCCAACAGCCCGCCGAGUGAUGGGCGAUCCUCGAGGACGAUAACAGAGUUCACGCCAGACGCUUUCGAGUCCGGCGCCCAGCUAUACGACGAACAGAUCCUGCCGAUCCUGCACCAGGCGUCGAAUAACACGUCAUUCCAGAAUGGGUUCGUGGAUCAUCGGCCUACCAUGAUGUCUCGAGAAGGUAGCGCAAACACGAUGAACCCGGCUGCUUUCAACAAUAUUGGCCCGGCACAGCCUAGCCCUCGGCCUGGCCUGCAUGCGCGAUCCAUCACCUCUCCGAGUGCGCCGGCAUCGUAUAAUCCGCAGGCAGGCGACUCCAUGACCGACGAUGAGUACACCGAGGACGUUUUUUCGGACGGUGACGACGAGCGGCCACACGCCGGAGGCGGUGAAGGAUCCUUCUUCUUGGAGAACAUGAUCAGGCCUCUAGCGCACAGCACGAGGUCGCGAAUGCGGAGGCUAACCGGCGGCCGCUCGAGAGAAGAACGGUUCCCGAUAUCGCCACAGAUGCCGCCGAGGGUCCCAAAUGCAUUCUUCACACACCAAAAGCCACAACCACCGCAGGGAGAUAUGCUCUAAUACGAGGGCCAUUUUCGAAUAUCGAAUAUCGAUUAUCUGCAGUAAUGAACAACUUUGAUACCACUAGGAAAUACUGCCCAUGAAGAGAGA